GAUUGCUUGUUUUAAAAAUACAUUACAAAAAAGCAAAAAUUUUUAUAAUUAUUAUUAAAAUUUAAAAAAUAAAAUACCUCAAUAUGUAAUUAUUAUUUGAUAGUUAAAAAAUGAUUUUAAGUAAAAUGAUUUAAAAGAUAAAAAGAAACACACAUAAUUUUCAGGGUCAACUCCUAAUUGCAUGAAAAAUUGGAUUUAGGUUUUACCCAUCCCCCACUUCAAAGUUGAAAUUGUGCCGUUGAUUGCUUUUACUUGGAGGGUGAAAAAAUAUACGUUCAUAAUGAGUCCGGAAACAGAUCUGACUAACUUUAAGCAACUUUUGUUCCAUAGAGUUUUUUUAACUUACGUACUAGGUUAAUUCAGUAGUAUGUACUAGAGUCACUUGCGACUAAAAAUGUUUACUUUUCAACAAAAAAAAAUACGUUUUUUGGCGGUUUUUCGAAAAUACUCAAAAAGUAAGUAUUUUAUCGAAAAAAUAUUCUUGGAAAAAAUGUAGCAUAUAAAUAACGAAAAAAUGGUAUAUUCUUAGUCUAUAGAACCAGUAAAAGUAAAUUUGUAGCUCAUAAAAAAGACGAUCUUAUCCUUCAAAUUCCAAAUCAAAUAUUUUAACGUGAUACAUAGUACCAAAAAAUGAAGCUCUUUUCGGGGAAAAACCCAUUAAAAUUUUUUUAAUGUGUUUACAAAAAGCUUGAUUAUAUUUUAUAAGAGUUAUAUACGGGUAGGAAAGACAACCGAACGAAUUUUCGAACGUUUAAACAGACGACAUCCCAGAUUUACCAAUUUCUGGACAAUUGAUCCAAAGGCUGGAUUCUAACAACGAAACAGUUGUGGAUUUUCAAGUUUUAAAUGAGAGUCAGAAUGAAAAAACAUUAGUGACUUCGAGUAUGAUGGUUUGGAGAAUUUGGCUGGUUAUGGGGUGUAUUCUGUAACAUUUCCGUUAAAUUUAAGAGGCCUCUAAAAUUUAACUUUUAACCGUCCUCUAAAACUUUUCGGUUAGAUUGUCAUUCUGUAAACACAUAUUAUAGAGGACGGCUAAAAUAAAUUAUUUUAGAGGAAUCCUCUAAAAGGCUGUCAAGUAAAUACGGCAACGUCGCACCUUUGUCGCGUUUGAACUACUCCUGUCGUAGAAAUUGACCAAAAACUGAGUGUCGAAGGCCAAAAAAACUUAAGAAAGAAGUAGAAGUUGACAGUUUGCCUAAUUAUUGAAAAUAUUUACGUUUUUGUAUUCUUUUUGUGUUUACCGUUGAUGCAACGUCGUGUUUUCUUGUUGGUUGUUAGUUGUUUUUGGUUAUUUCAAACAUGUCUCGUGCUCCAAGAACCACUAAACAACAAAAGGAAUUCCUAAUUUCCUUUUUAGAAGAAAAUAAAAUUCUAAUGACAACAAACUUUCACCCAAAUGACCUGGGAAAAAUAAAUACAAUGUGGGAAAGGCUGACUGCCGAUUUAAAUAAAAUGGGGCCGUCCAAGACUAUAAAGGGAUGGAAGGAUACAAUUUCCGAGAUGAAAACAAAAAUAAAGAGGCGUGCCAGAGAAGUGAGGUAUGGAUACCAGGGAACUGGAGGAGGUGGUGCCAUAAAACCCUUAACUCCUGUUGAAGAGAGGUUGUUGGCACUGUUGGUGUCUGAUUUAUCCAUUGAAGGGGCUCAACUGGCAGAAGCUGGAGUUGAAAUGAUAGACGAUUCAUUUGAAAAACCAAUUGAAAUUGAAAUAAUAGAAGUGGAACAACAACCUUCCACUUCUUCGCUUCACCAUGUACCUCCGCCUAGACCUUCUUCAACUGAGUCAACUAUCACAAAUCCAGUGACUCAGCCACAGCCCAAAAAGGCAAAAACAGUUGGAACAUCCACAAGAAGAGGGUCUAGAAGAACUCCUCCUCGAGGACAAAAUAGAGUGUCAUCGGCCAUGGAGGUACAUGACAGGCAGUUGGCAAACCUUGCCAUGUCCAAUUAUGCCAUUGCAUCAGCAAUAAAUAGAUUAGCCAGGGCCAUUGCAGCCAGAAGAUAAUUAUGCAAUUUAUACAAUGCAUUUAUGCAAUUAUGUAAAUGUAAAUAAAUAAUUUUUUUAUCA